AUUUAUGAAAUUGAUUAAGCAGCCGUGACAAGUGUUACGUCAUAUUUGUUGUUAUAUGUUAUUUUUAAUUUGUGUAACCUUCAAAAUCUUCAGUGCUAUGUGAACUAAUUGGUAUAUUCAAUUUAACAACACCAAUCCUUUGCAUAUGCUAACAGUUUCAUAAUUACAUAAUAUUGAGUACAUUUUACAGCACCUUUCUCUGCCCGGACACAAACAAACAGAAUUCAAGUGACAUUAGGUCGAAGAACACAGUGCUGUAAUGACUAGCGAGGUACAUUGCGAUAUUUGCAAGAAUAAUCCUAAGAGUCAUCCGUUACCGGCUGGGAUCGACACGCUUUCAAAGCCCGGGGUUCAAGAGAACAAGGACAACAGCACUUGGAGGCGGCAGUGCGGCUGCAUCAAGACCAGUGACAAGCUCAGACACAUUCUGAACUCAUUCCCGGCGCCGCCGCCGCCCUCGCCCGCGCCUCUUUGUACAGUCGCACAGAACGCGAUUGAUAAGACAUGCGGUUACUGCUACUCAUCGGCACUCGUCGAUAAAACGUACAUACAGUCGACGGACAAAUUUGAUUGCGCGUCAGGAAAAAAGUGUAACAGCAAAUCGUGGCAAGUGGUUGGCGAGCUGGUCCAGCUCGUGCAACUGUCGGUGACGGCGACGGCGCUGGCUCUGUACUACCUCAUCUAUUGUUACAUGCAGCUGGUCUACUACACGCUCAGGAGCGCUCUUUACUUCCACAACGCUGAUGGACCCAUGAAAAUAACGAUUGGAGUAGUCACGGUGACGUCACUUGUUGUCGGCUUCAACCUGAUGCUACGGAUGGAGAGGAUCCUCGGAAUACUUUACUAAAUUUCUAUUGUAUAUAGCAAUUACUUCAACAAAAAUGUAAAAUAAAGAAUGACAAAUUAUUACGCAAAAGUAACAAAACAAAGUAAUGUAAGUUGGUAAUAAAAUAAAAUUACUUUUUAGGUUAAUAUUCAUAGCCGACAUGAAAAUAGGAAAAAACGUUUUGUUGCAUUUGUACCAAAGUGGUCAAGUCAUUGUUACUUCACUAAUUUAUUACAAACAUUGUGUUGUCAAUAAACCAUGUAAGUCAGA